AACCAUGGGAUUUGAAGCAGAGAAAGAGCCAUCGAGGUUACCAUUGUUUUCAUCUCUGCAUGCACACAUGGUGUCCCCGGAAAGACCAGGGACGUUAACCCCACCGUUACGCGCCUCGGCCUCGGUCCCAUUCCGGUGGGAAGAGGAACCGGGCAAGCCCAAGGCUUACACCACGGUCGCUACUUUUUCCGAUGACUUUGCUCGGAAGUGCCUGGAACUGCCUCCCAGGUUGCUGCUAUUGCAGGAAGCAAAUAAGAAGAAGACCAACAACAACGAGAAACUUUGCUCGACCACCACAGUCUUGGAUGGUCCUUACUUGGGCAGGGCUAGGUUUCAGUCUUCUUCUUUUAGAAUGGUGAAAAGUGAGCGUUACGGGUCAUUUAGUGCUGGUAGCUUUUUCCCUGAGAACAUGGUGCUGGAACGUGGUGAUGGUACAAUGGUUGUUAGCGAGAGAGGGAACAGGGAAGAAGCUGGAUUUCUUGGUUCUCGGAGGAGAAGCGAUGUUGGAGGGAAGAGUUAUGUGUUCCCAUCGUAUAGAGAUAAAGGAGAAGAGUACAGUAGCAGCAGCGUAAGCGUUAGUAUCAAGAGGAUGAAGAAGAGGGGCAGCUUGAAUAGUCUCUCUCAUUCCAAAUUCCAUUUCUGGGCAAGUAUCUAUGAAGGCUUAAAGCAAGUGGUUCCAUGGAACAUAAGGGAAAAGAAGGAUAGGCAUAUGGGGGCCGACUUUUAAUCAAGGCACCCU